GCUUUUAAAUGGCUCAAGUAGUGAGACAAAUACCAACAAAUUCACAGUCACAUGCACCAACAACAGACGAAAGUGGUUAUAUUGAUGAAGGCUACCUUAAUAAUUUAACUAGGCGUCUUGGUACAAGACCAUCGGUACAACAAUUUAACGGAAAUAACAAUGCAACACGAGAAAUAAAUGGUCAACAACAAGGUCAAGAAGAAGCCGAGGACACUUUAUCCGAUGUAUCUGAUUUUGAUGAAGAAUGGGAAGAACUUGUUCAACAAAUGCAACAAAUUUUAGUUGCUUUUUUACUUCCUUGGUUAGGACGUUGGUUAGGAAGAAAGUUCUCUUUCUGGGCAUGGUCAAGAUUCGUUAAAUGGUAUUAUUACCCGCGUAUUACUAUUAAAGCAAAAAUUGAAACAACAGAAACUACGAUUUAAUCGCCAUAAUAGAGAGGAAAAAAAUGAAAUUCAUUCAAAUACUCUAAUUACUAAUUAUAGAAAAGCAAAAUCAAUUUUUUAAUAUAUACCCUAUAAUAGUUAUUAAAAAACGGGUGAUUUUGGCAAACUAUACGCAUAUUUAUUGCGAAAAUUAUACAAAAACUUUAAAUUUCCGAUAUAUAUUUUUCUUUUACUUAAUUUACGAAAUAAAAUUU